GAGAGAGAGAGAUUGCGCGCGCGGCACAGCCAGUUGUACCGAUCAGCCAGCAGAGGGCAGGCUGUCACCAAACCGACUGUCUGCUACUGAAGUCCAAUGUUUGGGUUUUAACAGCCCAACUCAACUUGUAGCUAACUGUAGCUGCACGAGAGGAAACUAAGUCCAAGCUUGAAUGGAGAGAAGAAACGGACCGAGAAGCGACGAGUAACGUGGACUCUGUGUUUCCUCCAGGGUGCCAGGAAGAGAAGAAGCAACCAGUUGAUAUGGAGGCUGAGAAGGAAGCAGAGGACUGUGACACCAGAUGUGGUGAAGAACUCAGGCUGGUCCUCAUCGGGAAGACCGGAUCUGGCAAGAGUGCGUCUGGGAACACCCUUCUGGGCCAGAAGCAGUUCCUGUCGCAGAUCAGUGCGAGCUCUGUCACCAGGACUUGCCAGCUUGGGAGCACUGAGCUCGCAGAGGAAGAGGAUGCUGAGGAGGAAGGCCCGGCUAUCGCACAGAGGAGGACGGGGAGAGUCACAGUGGUUGACAUGCCAGGUUUUGGGGACACUCACCUGAGCGAGGAGCAGAUCCACGCAGAGGUAGCCAAAUGUGUGUCUCUCUCUGCCCCCGGGCCACAUGCUUUCCUCCUGGUGGUGCCGAUAGGACGAUACACAGACAAUGAGAACCAGGCUGCCUGUGAGUUGACCAAGAUAUUUGGGGAGGAUGCAGUACGUCACCACACAGUGGUUCUUUUUACCAGAGGUGAUGACCUAGAAGGCAUAGGGAUUGAGGAUUAUCUGCAGGAGACUGCACCUGCUGGGCUUAAGGCUUUGAUUGACAGGUGUGGGGGCAGGUACCAUGUAUUUAACAACAAAGACCCCAGUAACUCAGUGCAGGUUAAAGAACUCCUACUGAAGGUGGACACAAUGGCGAAGCAGACUAGAGAAGGGUUUUACACCAAUGCCAUGUUUUUAGAAGCAGAGGCUGCCAUCCGGGAGGAGCAGAAAAGGAUGUUGAGGGAGCGAGGGCUAGCAGAGGGGGGAGAACCAAAGAUAAUCGAUGACAGCAUGGAGGAGCAAGCUAAACUAGCAAAACGAAGAAAGUGCGACUUGGUGUUUGACGGAGCAGAGAGCACCGAUAGAGGGUCAAAAGGGGUCAGGAGGAGGGAGUUGGAGAGAGGAAAGGAAGAUGAUUUUAGGGUGGAGAGGUGGACAGAGGAGAGUAGAGGCAACGCCUUUAGCUUCCUGAGAGACCAGUUUAGAGGCAGACGCAGGGCUGUGAGCAGGCGCCAGUCUGUCCGUUCCUCCUUGAUUCACAUGAGGAGGGAGGCUGCGCUGUCUGCGAAGGUGCUGGAGAGAGUUAAGAUCCUGGUGGCUGCUGGAGCCACAGGCAUGUUGGUGGGGGCAGUGUUUGGGGCAGCUACCCCUUUGGCAGCUGCGGCCGGGGCAUCUUUCAUGGGGAACUCGGUUGGUUUCGCUGCAAGUCAGUUCGCUGGGAUGUCUGUAGCGGGAAGCACAGGUGUGGUGAAAGCUGUUGGGGCCAUAGUAGCGGCAGCCUCAGGAAAAACUGCUUUGGCUCUGGGGGCAGCAACGGGUGGAGUUUUGGGUGGUUCUGUUGGAGCCAUCGCUGGUACAGAAGCUGCCAGUCCUCAGGAGGGUGCUCUGGAUGCCCUGGGGCAGGUUAGUGUCAUAGGGGCCUCUGUAGUGGGAGUGGCAGCAGGUGUGGGAGGCACAAUGGGAGCUGGGGCUGCUCUAAGCGCGGCGCUGGAGGGAGUAGCUUUCACCACAGGGGCCCUCGGUGUAGCUGAAACUGCAUCAGUAGGAGCAGCAGGAAUGGCCAAUGCCUCUGUAGCUCAGGGCAGUUUAGCCUCAGCAGCAGGGCAGCAUGCAGUGGCCGCUGUAGGAAGUGCAGCUGCAGGUACUGGGAGUCCUCAGUGUGCUGCAGCCUUAGCUCAGGAGAUAGUUGUGAAUGUCCCACUGGCUGCUGGGUCCCCCGGUGUUGUGUGUGGCCUAACGGGGCCUAGUGCGGCAUCGGUGGCCAGCAGGGUUGUGUCAGAUCCCUGGGCCACCGUGGCAGUAUCGACACGCAUCCUGACUGCAGUGGCUGAGAUAGGGAAGGCUGCAGCAGGCAUUGCCUUGGCUGGUGGUCUGGUAGUGAAGGUGGUAAAGGAAAAAAUAAGAUGUGGCACAGGAACAACAGAAGCCAGUUACUCAGAGAAGAAGUCGUAUGAGGUCUACUGGAACAAAUGAAUACAAGUUUAAGACUGGAGAUACUAUUCAUAUUUGUUACCUGGCCUUCUGAUAAAGUGCUAGACCCCACACACAGUAGCAGUGAGAGAUAUUGCUUUGCCACAGAAUUUAAAACCCCCUCAAAGAUUCAAUCACAAAUUACAAUUGAUAAAAGAGAUUACAGAAUUUUGAAUUCACAAAGAAUAUUGAUUGGAACUUUUUGAGGCUGGUGAAUGAGUUCAGUGGCAUUUGCAAUGUUGAGUGGGCUGACGAAUAAAGACAAUCACAUUUUUAUCUAAAUCAAUUUUUAUGCGGUUGUUAUUCAUCUCACAGCCGAUUGGUUGCCUUUGAACACAACCUAAUGUCACAUAAUAGAAAUAAAGAGACAAUUACUUCUGGAAACUGGGCUGUUAAAAAUGUCGGAGUUCAGCAGUGUGAGCUCAGUUGAAUUUGACUUUUCUCCUUUUCUAAAGAAAAAUCCCUGAAAAUAAGAUAUUUUUGCCAGGUGAAAAUAAUGUGUUAAUGUAAUUAAUCUUACUCAUGACAGUAAUGAGUGUUGUAAAUGAACGAAAGUUCUAAGUAUUGUUUUUAUAUCCUGAAGUGUGUUCUGGCAGAUGGUGGUUGUAUUGCAGUGUUUCACGUCUUGUAAUAUGUAACCAGACAAGAGUCAUGAAGUUAAGUAUUAACACUAGUUUUAAACAACCCUAUUUCAAGUUGUACUGUAAAUGUAUAAACAGCUCAGUGUUAACUUUGUUGCAGUGAAAUAAACACAAAAGUCUGUAUUCUUUCAGUGAA